AUGUCCCGACUUCUCCGACCGGCAGCUCGCUGGGCCGCUUCGACGCGCGCUCCCGUCAAGGCUCCCGCCGCGCCCUCCCUCGCCCUCUCCCAGCGCCCCUUUGUCACGCCCGGCUUCUUCGGCGCCCAGCAAAGCAGGCGGUACGCCGAGAGCGGCGCCGGCACCAAGGAAUACACAGUCCGAGAUGCGCUCAACGAGGCCCUGGCCGAGGAGCUCGAGGCCAACCCAAAGGUUUUUGUCCUCGGCGAGGAGGUUGCCCAGUACAAUGGCGCCUACAAGGUCACAAAGGGCUUGCUGGACCGCUUCGGCGACAAGCGCGUCAUUGACACGCCCAUAACCGAGAGCGGCUUCUGUGGCCUGGCCGUUGGCGCUGCCCUGAGCGGCCUGCACCCCGUGUGCGAAUUCAUGACCUUCAACUUUGCCAUGCAGGCCAUCGACCAGAUCGUCAACUCGGCCGGCAAGACCCUCUACAUGUCGGGCGGCAUCCAGCCCUGCAACAUCACCUUCCGCGGCCCCAACGGCUUCGCUGCCGGUGUCGGCGCCCAGCACUCCCAAGACUACUCGGCCUGGUACGGAAGCGUACCCGGCCUCAAGGUCGUCUCCCCCUGGAGCGCCGAGGACGCCAAGGGCCUGCUCAAGGCCGCCAUCCGCGACCCCAACCCCGUCGUCGUCCUCGAAAACGAGCUCAUGUACGGCCAGUCCUUCCCCAUGUCCGAGGCCGCUCAAAAGGACGACUUUGUCCUGCCCUUUGGCAAGGCCAAGGUCGAGCGUUCCGGCAAGGACCUGACCAUUGUGACUCUCUCCCGCUGCGUUGGCCAGGCCCUGGUCGCCGCCGAGAACCUCAAGAAGAAGCACGGCAUCGAGGCCGAGGUCAUCAACCUGCGAUCCGUCAAGCCCCUCGACGUCGAGUCCAUUGUCAAGUCGGUCAAGAAGACGCACCGCCUCUUGUCCGUCGAGUCGGGCUUCCCCGCCUUUGGCGUCGGCGCAGAGGUUCUCGCCCUGACGAUGGAGUAUGCCUUUGAUUACCUCGACGCCCCGGCACAGCGCGUCACGGGCGCCGACGUCCCGACCCCCUAUGCCCAGAAGCUCGAGGAGAUGAGCUUCCCUACGGAGCAGCUGAUUGAGGACUAUGCCGCCAAGCUGCUGCGCGUCUAA